CGCCCUCUCCCGUUGCGGUCACGCCCCUUUCCGCCGUGGCCCCGCCCCCCGCCGGUAUUUCCGGUUCCGCGGCAGCGGCGCGGGCGGUCCGGGCGGCACCGGGAGAGGUCAAAGCCCGGCCAUGCUGCGCUGGCUGCGCCCGUUCCCGCUGCCGUUGUUGCCGUUCCCGGUGCCGUGCCGCCGGCUGGCCGUGCCGCCGGGCGCGCCGCGCUUCCCGCUGCGGCGGCGGCUGGCGCUGGCGGGCGCGCUGGCGGGCGCGGCGGCGGCGGGCUGGCUGCACCUGCGGCGGCACAAGGAGCGGCAGCAGCGCGCCCGGCAGCUCCGGCAGCUGCGCGCGCUGCCGCUGAGCCGGGCCGACUUCCAGCUGCGGGACGCGGCGGGCGCGCCGCGCACCAAGGCGGAUUUCCGGGGCCGCUGGGUGCUGCUCUACUUCGGCUUCACGCACUGCCCCGACGUGUGCCCCGAGCAGCUGGAGCGGCUGAGCCGCGCCGUGGGCCUGCUGGAGCGCGACGCCGCGCUGCCGCCGCUGCAGCCGCUCUUCGUCACCGUGGACCCCGAGCGCGACGACGCGGCGGCGCUGGCGCGGUACCUGCGCGACUUCCACCCGCGCCUGCUGGGCCUCACCGGCAGCCCCGAGCAGGUGCGCGCCGCCGCCGCCGCCUUCCGCGUCUACGUCAGCGCCGGGCCCCGCGACGCCGACGGCGACUACCUGGUGGACCACUCGGUGCUGACGUUCCUGCUGGACCCCGACGGCGCCUUCCGGGACUGCUACGGGCGCUCGCGCACGGCCGAGGAGCUGGCGCGCAGCGUCCGCGCGCACAUGGAGGCCUACGAGCCGCCGCCCGCCGCCGCGCGGCAAUAAACGGCAGCGCCGGCAGCCCCGGCAGCCCCUGCCCCAGCGGGGCCUGUGCUGGGGUGGGGAGGGAGGGGUGGCAGCCCGCAGUGUCCCCCGGGUGUGUCACAUGGGGGUGACAGGGGCCACAGCCUGCAGGGCUGGCACAUGGAGGACAGAUGACACCUCCAGUGUCCCUCAGGUUCGUCCUGUGGGAUGGGUAGAGCCCAAACCCUGCAGGGGUGGCACAUGGAGGGGGAC